AUGCCCCGCCCACGGUUUCAGCUGAUGCUUGCGUGGUGCGGGCUUUUGGCCCUUUGCGCCGGCUGUUUUCCGGUAGUGCCGAGCCCUAGCCCCAGCUCGACCACAACGACAACGACUGGAUCGACGGUCACGACCACAACCACGACCACUCCAACUACGACGACAACCACCACUACAACUACAACUACAACUACUACGACCACCGGGACGACGAGUUGCUGCCCGGCGUUGACGCAAUUCAUCAACCCGGAUCAGACGACAUUUGCUGACGGCAUCAUGACGUUCCAAUACAACUCGAUCUCGUGUCGGACGACCGUUUCGGCCGUAUGCACUCGAGAAGACGGCCUCGACCAACUUGAUGCCGCCAUCGUCGCGAACAGCGUCGAUUAUCUGGAUUAUGGCGCACCGCCGGUGACCGUCACUGGCCAGUGCAUAGGUGGCCAAUGGUUUAUGGCCGAGCCGCCUCUGCUCAUUAACACACUCGAGUGUUAUCUCAUCAACCAGUCA